CUUAGGGCCGCGCGCCCACUCGCCCACACAGUCAGUCGCAGCCGGCUACCUCGCUGCGGCUCUCUCGGCCCCCCUCCGCCUGGCCCACAGGUAGGAGCCGCCGGGCGAUCGGCUCCCGCCCCACCCACGCCGCUCGCGCCCAGCUCCCGCGCCCGCUUCGAGGGCUCACUGGGCACCGCCACCAUGAGCGAGGCAUUUGACUGUGCAAAAUGCAACGAGUCCUUGUACGGCCGCAAAUACAUCCAGACAGACAGUGGCCCCUACUGCGUUCCCUGCUACGACAACACCUUCGCCAACACCUGUGCCGAGUGCCAGCAGCUCAUUGGGCAUGAUUCAAGGGAACUGUUCUAUGAGGACCGCCACUUCCACGAGGGCUGCUUCCGCUGCUGCCGAUGCCAGCGCUCCCUUGCCGAUGAGCCCUUCACCUGUCAGGACAGUGAGCUUCUGUGUAAUGAGUGUUACUGCACAGCCUUCUCAUCCCAGUGUUCUGCCUGCGGGGAGACUGUCAUGCCUGGGUCCCGGAAGCUGGAGUAUGGAGGCCAGACGUGGCAUGAACACUGCUUUCUGUGCAGUGGCUGUGAGCAGCCACUGGGCUCCCGCUCCUUCGUGCCUGACAAGGGUGCCCACUACUGUGUGCCUUGCUAUGAGAACAAAUUUGCUCCUCGGUGUGCCCGCUGCAGCAAGACGCUGACCCAGGGUGGAGUGACAUAUCGUGAUCAGCCCUGGCAUCGAGAGUGCCUGGUCUGUACUGGGUGCAAGACACCCCUUGCAGGGCAGCAGUUCACAUCUCGGGAUGAUGAUCCUUAUUGUGUGGCCUGCUUUGGAGAACUCUUUGCACCCAAGUGCAGUAGCUGCAAGCGCCCCAUCACAGGUGGGAGCGGCAGCGAGGGCGCAGGACUCGGUGGAGGCAAGUAUGUGUCCUUCGAAGACCGACAUUGGCACCACAGCUGCUUUUCCUGUGCCCGCUGCUCCACCUCCCUGGUGGGCCAAGGCUUUGUACCAGACGGAGACCAAGUUCUAUGCCAGGGCUGCAGCCAAGCAGGCCCCUGAGCCGAGGAUCCUGACUCUCCUCUUUCCCAAACCAAGGGUUCAAGACUUUGGCACCUUUUUCUGAACCACUUCUGGGGCCCAGCCCCUCCCUAGUACGGGCCACCCCCGCUCCCCACUCAUGGGGACUUCAGGAUUCAGUCACCCAAUUGUAACACACCCUAGUGGUACUCCCUGACCCAGGUCCCCAAAUCUGGGCUGUUGUGGAACACCCAUGACUUAAGCCUUUCUCCAAGUCCGGAUUCCAGAAAUGUUCCCCACAUCAAGGCUCUGACACCCCAGCCCCCCAAACCUGGACUCUGAGGCCUAGGCCUCCUUAAGUCAAGACUUCUAGGGUAGAUUUUUUUUUUUUUUUUUAGUUUUCCUGCAGGUGCCUAAGAAGUCUUCAAAAAUAGAUUGUACACCCGGUUUGACCUCACCCCCAUCCCACUGCUCUCUCUGAGCUGCAGCCGCAUGUAUAGCAGAUUAGGGGUUCCCUGGUUAGAGGGUUGUAAGGUACAGGGUGCUGUCCAGCCUCUGAGUACCAUGUUAUUUCAGCUCCAGGUUGCCCUGCAACAGGAAGCAGGAAGGUUGCUCACCCUGUUUCCAGAGAUUGCAAUAAAGCAGUGUGAGGGAGCGCAG